AAAGAAGCGCCGGGGUCGAGCGGCCUUUCCACCCCGGCGCGCCGAGGGAAACGCGGCCAGCCGCGGGGCGGCCCCGGCCCCGCCGCCCGUCCCGCGACCGCGCACGGGGGCUGCGGAGCGGGCGGAGAGGCAGCCGGGGAGCUAAUAAAACCCCACCAAAUAAGGCGCUGGCGGUCGCCGCGAAGGGAGGGGGGAACAAGCAGGCGACGAGCCCCGCCAGGGCCAGGGCGAGCCCCUCCUUGCCUGCCCCGCCGCGGCGGAGAGCGCCUCCCCCGCCCGGGCUUGACGGCAGCGGGGAGGAAUGUGUUUCCGGGGCGGGGAAAGCGCGGCCGAGCGCGGACCUUCCCCUCCCUUCCCCUCCCCUCUCCUCUCCUCCCCUGUCCUCUCCUCUCCUCCCCUCCCUCCCCCGCCGACGCCGGGCUCCCCCUCAGCAGCUCGGAGGCGGCGGCGGGCAGCCGGACGGCGAGCGAGGAGCGAGGCCGGGCGUCCCGUCCCGCCGCGCCGCGCCCAGCCCAGCCCAGCCCAGCCCGCUCCCGGGACGCCGGGGCAGAGGGGGAGCUUCAGCCAGUCAGUCAGUCAGGCGGGCCGGAGCGCGCCCCCUGCCAGGAGCCGGCCGCGCCGCGGCAAUGGCCGAGACAAAAUUGCUCAUGUGGGCUGGCAUCCUCUGUUGCUUGAUAUGGAAUGGAUUUGCUCAGCAAGGUGGAAGUGACUGCAUAAAAGCUAAUGCAAAAUCAUGUGGUGAAUGUAUACAAGCAGGACCAAACUGUGGUUGGUGUAAAAAAACGGACUUUUUGCAAGAAGGAGAACCAACAUCUGCCCGAUGUGAUGACUUGGCAGCACUAAAGAGUAAAGGCUGUCCUAUGAAAGAUAUAGAAGAUCCCAGAGGUAGCAAACAGGUGCUUGAAGAUAGAGAAGUAACGAAUCGUAAGAUAGGUGCUGCAGAAAAGCUGAAACCAGAGGCCAUUACACAGAUCCAGCCACAAAAACUAGUACUGAAACUAAGAGUCGGGGAACCCCAAACAUUUUCAUUAAAAUUUAAGAGAGCUGAAGACUACCCCAUUGACCUUUAUUAUCUUAUGGACCUCUCCUAUUCUAUGAAAGAUGAUUUAGAGAAUGUGAAAAGUCUCGGAACGGCUCUGAUGUUAGAAAUGGAAAAAAUAACUUCAGACUUUCGAAUUGGCUUUGGCUCUUUUGUGGAGAAAACUGUGAUGCCAUAUAUAAGUACAACACCAGCCAAACUCAGAAAUCCUUGUACAGGUGACCAGAACUGUACAAGUCCAUUUAGCUAUAAAAAUGUGCUCAGCCUUACCAGUGAAGGAAAUAAAUUCAAUGAACUUGUAGGUAAACAGCACAUUUCUGGGAAUUUAGAUUCUCCUGAAGGUGGAUUUGAUGCGAUAAUGCAGGUUGCAGUUUGUGGGGAACAAAUUGGCUGGAGAAACGUUACAAGACUAUUAGUGUUUUCCACAGAUGCUGGAUUUCACUUUGCAGGAGACGGUAAACUUGGUGGAAUUGUUUUACCAAAUGAUGGGAAAUGUCAUCUGGAAAAUAACAUGUACACAAUGAGCCACUAUUACGAUUAUCCCUCUAUUGCUCAUCUGGUACAGAAGCUUAGUGAGAACAACAUUCAGACAAUCUUUGCUGUUACUGAAGAGUUUCAGGCAGUCUAUAAGGAAUUGAAAAAUCUGAUACCAAAAUCAGCAGUGGGAACAUUGUCUUCAAACUCCAGCAAUGUAAUCCAGCUGAUCAUUGAUGCAUACAAUUCCCUUUCUUCAGAGGUUAUCCUGGAAAACAGUAAGCUACCAAAAGGAGUGACAAUCAGUUAUAAGUCUUUCUGCAAGAAUGGAGUGAAUGACACACAAGAAGAUGGAAGGAAAUGUUCUAACAUUUCAAUUGGAGAUGAGGUUAAAUUUGAGAUUAAUGUAACAGCUAAUGAAUGUCCAAAGAAAGGACAAAAUGAAACAAUUAAAAUCAAACCACUGGGAUUCACUGAAGAAGUGGAAAUUCAUCUCCAGUUCAUCUGUGAAUGUCAGUGUCAAAGUGAAGGAGAACCUAACAGUCCAGCCUGCCACGAAGGAAAUGGAACAUUUGAAUGUGGUGCAUGCAGAUGUAACGAAGGACGUAUUGGAAGACUAUGUGAAUGUAGUACAGAUGAAGUAAAUAGUGAGGAUAUGGAUGCUUACUGCAGGAGAGAGAACAGUACAGAAAUAUGCAGUAACAAUGGAGAAUGCAUUUGUGGACAAUGUGUAUGCAAGAAAAGAGAAAACACCAAUGAAGUGUAUUCUGGCAAAUAUUGUGAAUGUGAUAACUUCAACUGUGAUCGAUCAAAUGGUUUGAUUUGUGGAGGAAACGGUAUCUGCAAAUGCAGAGUGUGCGAGUGUUUCCCCAACUUCACUGGCAGCGCAUGUGAUUGUUCUUUGGAUACUUUUCCAUGUAUGGCAUCUAAUGGCCAGAUUUGCAAUGGAAGAGGAACCUGCGAAUGUGGCACCUGUAAUUGUACAGAUCCCAAAUUCCAAGGCCCUACAUGUGAAAUGUGUCAGACUUGUCUCGGUGUCUGUGCAGAGCACAAGGACUGCGUUCAAUGCAGAGCUUUCGAUAAGGGAGAAAAGAAGGAAACAUGUUCUCAGGAAUGUAUGCAUUUCAACAUGACGCGGGUAGAAAGUCGAGACAAGUUGCCACAGCCCGGACAGCCCGAUCCGUUGUCUCAUUGCAAAGAGAAGGACGUUGAUGACUGCUGGUUCUACUUCACAUAUUCUGUCAACUCAAAUGGUGAAGCCAACGUCCACGUGGUAGAGACCCCAGAAUGCCCCAGUGGCCCUGACAUCAUUCCCAUUGUAGCUGGUGUGGUUGCUGGAAUUGUUCUUAUUGGACUUGCAUUAUUAUUGAUUUGGAAACUACUAAUGAUCAUUCAUGACAGAAGAGAAUUUGCUAAAUUUGAAAAGGAGAAGAUGAAUGCCAAGUGGGAUACGCAAGAAAAUCCAAUAUACAAGAGCCCUAUUAACAAUUUCAAGAAUCCAAACUAUGGACGUAAAGCUGGUCUCUAAGUCUCAGGUGAAAAUCCUAUUUACAAGAGUGCAGUGACAACUGUGGUCAAUCCUAAAUAUGAGGGAAAAUGAACACUGCUUGUAUAACUUCACAACACUGUAUGCAGCAUAGCAAUUUUUUGUAGUCACAGUAAGAUAGAUUUAGGGCAAACUGCAGUGAUUUUACUAAUUCAUUACAUGUAGGUUUGUUUUCCUGUGCAGGUUUUGAAAAUGUACCAUAUGUAAUUUUUUAUUUUUAUUUUUUUUUUGCAAAUAAAAGUAAUCAGUGCCAGAGGUCUGACAAAAAAAACUUGAGACUGUGUAGCCUAGUCAGCUAAGGUCACACGGUGCCUUUUUGACCUUUUCCACUCCUGUGCUGUGAAUCUAGGUCUUCUGCAGGGUGCGAUACUGCUGUGGCAUGACUGGGAGGGAAAUGGUUAAAGCAAUCAGCAUGAGGGCUCUGCCUAGCCAUUUAGUAUUAAACUUUUUAGCUUUACAGGGAAAUCAGGGCUUGAGUUUGCAGAUAUAAUUAAACUGAUGUAGCAUGGAGCUGGUGGUUAACUGAUCUUCUACUCGCUAGACAUAUGAUUAAGUAUAUGGUAAGUUGAGUAAGCUGGAAGUGAGCAGUGUAAAAGACUGAAAAGUGUGUGCAUACUUAUUUUUAAUUUUUAAGUUCCUUAUUGCCAGGGUAUGGUUAAAACGAAAGGGUUUGAGAAGAAUAUUAAGAAGGAAAAAAUAGCUUUAAAACAUGUGCCAUUACUGAAAAAGUUGCUGACUGGUAACUUGCUUAGUUUUAAUUUGUAAAUUCAAGCCCUGGGUGGCAGUGUCAUGAAAUACCUUACCAAGACAUCCUCAAAAUACAUAAGGGCCUUACAUCAUACUGUGUCUUUAUUCUGUAAUGUUUCCUUGGUUUCAAGCCUGGUGCUUUGUCACCCUUCUAAUCUUUUUAACGUAUUUGGUUGCGAUUCUUUUUGUAAUAUUUUUGUAUCAACACAAGCUUUUUUUUUUCCUUGGUUUUUUUUUUUUUUGAGCAGUCUUAGCUGUAAAUUUGCCUUUACCCUGUAGCUAAGAUUGCAUAGUUUGUCAUGUGACAAGUCACACAUCAUUCUUGACAUGUGCCAUGUAUAUUUGCCUUUGACCAUUCAAACCGCAUCAGUCAUAUUCUUGUUUUAAGUGCCUUUUUAUUUUAACAGAUGUUCACUUUUUACAGUGCUAUUACUGAAGUUAUUUAUUAAAUAAAAGUACUUUAAAAUACUUAAA